CAACGCCCGCUCCUCCGCAGGCACGCAGCGCUGAGGGCUGCCAUUCCCCCCGCGGCAGGCCUGUGCGCGGCAGGAAAGUUUAAAGACGGUGCAGAUGAAGUUCCAUUCCGCUCUCCUCGUAACCCGUGGCAACAGGACACUGCAGGAAGCUGUGGCUGGCCAGGGACUCAGACUCUGGAUUGUCUCGUGCAGCGAAAAAAGCCGUUUACGUAAAUCACGCUGUGAGAUCACUUUUAAAGCAUUUCCUCCACCAAAUCAGAAGAACACAGCGCAGCCCACAGGGGCGAUCUCCCCGCCGCACAGCAGCUGCCGAGAAGCUGAGAGAACGCAGAGCAGCAGCUCCAAACGUACACCUGCCUGGGAGGACAUUACAGACAGAAACAGCAUCGGCUCCAGCUUCCUCAGACAGCUUUGCUCCAGAGACCGGCACACAGCACAGAAAAGUGUCUGUGUACACUGCACCCUGGAUCACGUGAACUCCAUGACUACAGUGCGUCCCGGAGUUGAGCCAGCACUGGGAGGAGCGCAGCAACCGGCCAAGGGGCUGAAGAAGGCAGAGCGACCAAAGAAGGCAAUGGCGGCCUCUGAGUCUGGGUCUCGUGCAGGUCCGCCUGCCUCGGGCGGACGACAGCCUCUGACAGCAAGCCUGGGCCGUCCAAACAGACACACAGAGCCUGGCCACAGAGGAGGCAGCCUCAGGGCCGCCCGCCACCCGGCUCCCCUCUCCAAACAGAGAAGUCUGGACAGGGGCGCCCCCUGCUGUCCAAGACGCACUGCCAGUUCCUGCCAUCAACACCUGGGCGCCCAGAAAUAGAGGGGGCGGGGGUGUGUGCUUCCUCCAGCAAAUACUCAGA